AUGGCCUCCGGUACUCCGUCCGCGACUGCUACCGCGGCAUGUACGCCAUGUCGCACCGUGAAGAUGAAGUGUACGCGAGAACCGGACUCGGCGUCCUGCAAUCGGUGCAAGCGCAAGUCGUUAAGCUGUUUUUACGAAUCUCAUCGACGCGGUCGCAAACCAGGCACAAAACUACGGCCCAAAGCUGAACGCCUAAAGGCUGCUGCUGGCCUUCCUGCUUUGCUCUCGAGCGCGCCGCCCCAGGAUAGUAGCCCUGCUGCUGCUACACCGGAAGAAGUCACCAAUUCUUCGCUGGAUAUUAUUACAAGGUCGCCAAAACGAAUAAAGUCGGAUGCCAGCUUUAGCUCGCCAGACUUGCCUGAUAGGCCGAUACAGCCCGUGAUAUCAUCAGAAAAUCCUCUACCUACGAAGCUCGUCUCCAUAGCACAGUUAACACACCCUCUCUCGGAUAGCCUUGUACCAUUUGCUUUGCUGAAGAAGUCGGCCACACCUGGAAAUUUCACGAUUGCAAAUAUCUUAAAUGCCGAGAAUGAAAGCCCGGGCGAUGAGUCGUCCUCACACUGGGGGGAUUGUCUGGCCGAUGAUGUUCCCAUCGAUCAAAACGAUCCUGUUUUCCAAAACUUGAUCAAUCUUCCCAUCGCACAAGGCCUUUUUGACAGUUUCUUUAAGUAUAUGAACCCGUUUAUUUGCCAAUUCGACCCUGUCCUUCACACAGUACGACAUAUUCGGCACCGGUCAUCAUUCCUUUUCACCGCUCUUCUAUCCGUUGCUGCAAAGGUCUUUUGUCCGGCUCUAUACGCCAAACUACACGAGCAUAGCGAGAAACUACUUCACAAUAUCAUGGGGUCAGGCAAGAAGUCUCUGGAGAUAAUCCAAGGCCUUUGCCUUUUGACGCAUUGGAAAGAGCCUAGCGACUCGCGCGCUUGGAUGUUUAUCGGAUAUGCUAUCAGAGCAGAUAAACCAAUGCAGCUUGUUUCUGGCUUUGAGGAAGAAAUGAUGUUACGGGAACAACGGAGCAAGGAGCGCACUUGGCUCGUCUUGUUCAUCUACGAUAGGAGUCUUAGUCUACAGCUUGGAAUGCCGUCAAUGGUCCACAUGGAUCCGUUGAUCCGAAAUGUACAAAACUGGCACCAGCAUGCCUAUGCGGCUCCAGGGAUUGACGAGAUAGUUACGGCUCUGGCACAGCUACGGAUCAUCGGUUUCGAGUUACUAGAUCUCUUCUGGCUUGACCCUCUCCAUACUUCCCCCGAGUUCAUGAAGAAGGACGAGUUUAUUCUUCGACUAUGUAAUGAUGAACUAGAUCGAUGGGAGUCUAGGUGGUAUUUGAUUAUAGACGAAGCCGAUGCUACUCUCUGCCAGCGAUUCCUUGUCCGAUUUUACGGCCAUCACCUGAGACUCCUGCUUAAUUCAUUUCAACUGCAGCUGUCCAUCGCAAACGGAUCUGCUUCCAAACCUGCGCUAUGGGUGUGCUACGCAAGCUCGUUAGAGAUGGUUCGGUUAAUCAUAGAUCGACUUGGAACAACUUCCUAUCUAUAUUAUUGUCAGGACUCGAUCCAUGUGAUGGUUGCAUAUGCGGCAGUAGCCAUUGUAAAGAUCAUUCUGUCGUUUCCUGGGGAAUUUCUUGGUGAAGCGGAAGAUAAGGUACUCAACUACAUCCUGGAGGCAAGUGAGUACUUCGGCCGACAGUCACCAACAAACAACACAAGCUGCCAUUACCAAGGCCAGUUCCUGGCAAAUGUGGUUGCACAGUACCGAAAUUCAAAAGACUCUCCUGCAGCUUCCGUUAAACAGUCGGCUGGUAAAGAGCUAUUAUGUGACACAAUGCAGGAGAGUACAAGCGGCGCAGAUGCUAAACCGCAAGUAAACCUCUCACCGAUAUCCGUUCCACCACUUCACCAACCGCCACUCCCACCGCCCUUUCAAUCGUCACAGCAGGACGAUCUUAACCAACACCAGCAUCUAACGCCUCUAAAUCACCAUCUCCAAGUUGCCUCGCAUCUCCAAAAUGACAUCUACUCAUCCUCAAACACCCCACCACCUAUACCUAUGCAUAUGCCGCUAAACGACCCACUGCAUAACCCGCACCACGACCAGCAGACUCUUCCUCUGAUCCACCCGGAUCAUAACCAGCAGCUGCUUGCAUGUGCACGGCCUCUUCUCCCGCCCUCGAACAUCGAGUGUACAAUAAGCGGCUCCAUCAACAGCGGCAUGAUGAGUUCGGGCAGAAUAUUUGCGUCUUCCCCAGGUUUUCACCCACCGACCCACCAGGACAACACCAGUAAUACAGGUAACAUGAUAGGCAGCGGCGGGACAGGGCCUGCCUCAGGGAUACCAGUGACGUCAACUUCAGGCCCUCCUGGUAACGCUCCGAAUAGCAGCGAUAAUAAUGACAGCUACGACAACUACCCGGCCGCAAAUCCUACUCCGUUCAGCAACAACGGAACGUGGGAGAACCUAUUUGCGCAUGCUGGGUUUAAUAUCAACAGUGGAGUAUUUCUGCCGAACCCUGGAAGCUCGUGA